CACCUCAAAGCAUUAUGCAACAUAUCAAAUUCGAUUACGAUAAAGCUCGCGCAUGAACGGAAGUGACAUGUACAACAAGGAAGCCGAACCUCCAGAAUGGACGCCUUCCCCAAGUGUACUGUCUGUCAGCAGCAGUUUACCCUAAAAGGCCCCGCCCCCUACCUACUGCCCUGUCUACACGCCGUGUGUGAGACGUGUGUCACAUCUGCAGCUGGUGGUGUGAUAUUAUGCUCUACUUGUCAGAGGGAGGUCAACCUCAUAGAUACACCACCCAAGAAGGAUGUGGUGAGAAGAAAGGAAGUAUACUACCUGACAGUCAAACACCGCCCCACAGAGUUUCUCUGUUCAAAUGAUGACGGCAACCAGGCUGUGUGUUGGUGUCCAGAGUGUGAAGAGUUCCUUUGUGAAUACUGCCAGAACUUGCACAAUCGUUUUAAAGCUACCAGAAUACAUGUUGUUGAAACCUUUACGGAUACAACACCGGGAAGCAUACAUACUAAACCAGUUUGCAAACUUCACAGCCCUUAUCCUCUUGAGUAUUUUGACAAAAACUGUAACAUUUUGAUCUGUGCCAAAUGCAGACUUGGCGAGCAUGCUGAGCACGAUGUUGGGGAUGCAGAUGUAGCUGCUGGUGCUGCUAAAGAACGGAUAGAACAACAUGGGAAGAACGUGACUGCACAUCAUGCUUCUCACCAAGCAUAUCUGAAGAGCAUCAGCAAAGCCGUGAAUGACACCAAAAAGACAAGCAGUAAUCUGAAGGAGACCAUCCACCACACUUUCCAUUCUCUGAGGACACAACUCGAUCAAAGAGAGAAGGAGCUGAUCAUUGAUCUUGAGAAUCAGACGAAGCAGGAACUGUCAAAUCUACACACCGAGCAAGUUACAUCUGAAGGCGAGAGUCAAAGAUGCAAGUGGACCUCAGACUACAUCAAGACAGUUCUCAGAUAUGCUUCAAACUCGGACUUUCUGACACUGGAGAGUUCAAUACAAGACACAACAAAGACGUACCUCACAUCAGUUCCACCAGACACGCACAGGACACCUGCAGCCGCUUUCAACACGAGAAGACUGGAUAAGUUGAAAUCCGAAAUUUCCAAAUUCGGGUGUAUCAGUGGAUAUGGCUCAGUACCAUCAGACAAAGAUACACAGACAGAUGACAGUCAUGUAACUGAUGCAGAGAGAACACACGAGCAUGUGGAGUUCCUGGAAGUUCCUUAUGAUCCAACACCACUUAAAUAG